AUGAACCGCACCGAGUUCUGCCUUGAGAUGUAUACAGCGACCCACAACGGCAGCCACUGGGCCGGAAAAUGGCAGGAUCUAAAGUGUAAGGAGUAUGCCCAUGUGGUUUGCGAAAAACCCAAGCCUUGCAGCGAGGAGCCCGGGCGAUCCUGGAGAGCGGGCGCCGGUACGGAAAAAUGCUACUUGGCCAAAUGGCCCGCUGAGGCGGAAACGCAGUACCAAACGGAUCUGACCUAUGCGGAAGCUGAUGAAUAUUGUAAGGACGCAAACGGGCUCGUGGCAACCAUUCAUUCCGAGGCUGAGACGAACGCCGUGCUUGCCUCGGUGAAUAAGCGCGUGGAAGAAAUAUGGCUCGCCGCAACGAGGGGUACCUGCAAGACGGGACGUGCAUUGGAUGAUGGUGGAGAUUGUUAUACGGUAUAUACAAAGGGCCAUAUGGAUGGUAACUGGACUGGCAAAUGGCAGGACUUGAGCUGCAAGUGGGAAACACAUGCGGUUUGCGAAAAGACCAAAGGCAUGGAAGAGGAGUUCACCUGGGAUGAUGGCACGCCAGUUGACUACACGAAUUGGAUGGACCUUGAGCCCAACAACUACGACAAGGAUGCUCAAAAUGUAAACCACGACCCGGUGCCCGGACAGGAGAAUUGCAUACAUUUGCGCCUGUCAAGACAAGAUGACACGGAGGCAAAGCCGCUAGUCGGGCAAUGGGAACAGCAUGUUUGUCAGCCCGACCGCUAUGCAUUAGCGCUAUGCAAGUGGACGAUCUCGCCGCCGAAGCAGGGACCGAAUAACGGAGUGACUGGUGCUACUUCGGGCCCGGUUGGACCAUCGAAAGGCACGAAUCCCGGACAGGUGACCGGCGCGACUUUGGACCCGCUUGCGCCAUCACAAGAUCCUAAUUCAGGACAGGCGGGCCAGGUGCCCGUACUUGAUCCAAACAUGGUCAAAAACAUUCUCUUGCUCUUUGCCGUCGGGUUUACCGUAUCUGCCGAGCUGAGUUGCGAAGAUGGGUGGACGUUGGGCCAGGGCACGGAGAAAUGCUACAAGAGCCUUCCGGACCUAAUGAAAUACGAUGCAUCGAAGGCUGCGUGCGAUGCACUUGGGGCCGGAUUACCCGUCAUUCAUUCGGAAGCGGAAAAUGCGGCUGUUUACGCAUUUACCCGUGACGGCGAACAUGUGCGACUCGGGGCGACACGGUUCGGCAGCGGGAAAUAUGACUUCAAAUGGAUCGAUGGGUCCGAGAUGGAUUACAAACGUUUCAACGAUGAGUACAUGGACAACACAUUGAAUCUGGAGAAUUGUUUUGACAUGUGGCCUGAGGACCGUUGGAACGACAACGAGUGCACCGUUCCGGAAAUAGUGGUUUGCCAGAAACCUGCAAGCAACGACGGUGGUACUGCGGACCCGAAUGCGCCAUCAAAAGACCCGAAUCAAGGACCGAACGGCGGUACCACUCCUGUGAAUGCCCCGUCGAAAGGGGGUGGUGGCGGCGGUAGCGUUGGGACCACUCCUCCACCGGCUGCACCUUCGAAAGAUCCCAGCAAA